AUCUGAACAGUGUUUCUGGCUGAACAUCAGUUCUUGGCAUCUAAUAAUCAGAGGUGGAGCUUCCUGCUGGAAGAUACACAGCCCGUGUCCUCACUUUGUCCUUACCUACUGGACCCUGCUGUUCCUCCACCCUCUGGGGCAAGCAAUCACAGCCACCACCCCCCUCUCCUGCUUCUCAGACAGCUGCUGUGAUUUGAAUAACCAAGCAGGUUGUUGGAUGUCCGGUGGUGACUGAUUUGCCUGGCAAACAGACCCCUCAGGUCCUUGGCCCAGCUGCUACUCUGAGAAGACAGCCUUCCUGGAGUCUCUUUUUCUUUUCCCCACAUGCAGCAGCUAGCUAGGCUCUAAUCUUGCCCUUGCUUGACCUUCUGGGGGGUCCCAGCACUUGGCUGCCCCUGGUGGCUGGAGAGUGCCCUCAGGAACCUGGUGUAGGAGAAGGGGGAGGAAUGGUAGGUCCCAUCUGAGGCAGAGGUAACUAGAGCCAGCUAAGUCCCUGGGCUUGUCACAAAAUUUGCAUGAAGAGAAUGCAGGUCCUCUGUGGCUCCCCCUUCCCUUCCCUCUUCCCUCCUAGUCAUCCUGGGGCUGGGGUGUGACCGCAGGUGGAGGAGGCAGUCGUGCGUGGAGUGCCAUCUCACCAUUCCGGGAGGUGAUGCCCCGUGUCUUCCUGGUCAGGAGUCGGCGUCCACAGCCAUCCAACUGGGGCCACUUGCCUGACCAGCUCCGGGGAGAUGCCUAUGUCCCAGGUGGGCCCCUCACUGGGCCUGGAGGCGAGGGGCAGGUAAGACACAAAGCAUCACUGGUCUGGCUUCUCUCCUCAGACUGCAGCAACCAGCGGGGCCCAUCAGCACACCAGUCUUCUGGCCUUGGGGACUCUUGGGCAGCGCCUAUGCAGGGCAGUCUGGCCUCCACUCCCAGGGGCCCUGGGACACUUGGCUGCCCACUCUGCCCCAAGGCCUUCCCUUUGCAGCGCAUGCUGACACGGCACCUCAAGUGCCACAGCCCUGCACGCCGCCACGUGUGCCGCUGCUGUGGCAAGGGCUUUCACGAUGCCUUCGACCUCAAGCGCCACAUGAGGACUCACACUGGGAUCCGGCCAUUCCGCUGUGGAGCUUGUGGGAAAGCAUUUACUCAGCGCUGCUCACUUGAAGCUCAUCUUGCUAAGGUGCACGGGCAGCCAGCCAGCUACGCUUAUCGUGAGCGCCGGGAGAAGCUGCAUGUGUGUGAGGACUGUGGCUUCACAUGCUCGCGGCCUGACACCUAUGUGCAGCACCGUGCCCUGCACUGUGUUGAGACUGUGCACCCACACAACACAUGAGAGGCAAAUAAAUGCAGGAAAUGCACGCACA